GGUCAGUCGGCAAUGAAACGACUAAUGGGAAACUGGAUUUGCAAUGAUUUACUUCUUAUUUGUGCAAUCAUAGUUGAUCAUAUGAGCGUCGCAAUGGUGUCAAAGGAAGCUGGAGAGGCUUGCUUGCUAGCUAACUAGUCUCGAAAAGUUUGAUACGGAUGAAGUCUUUGUUGGAUUUUACGAAAUGUGUUUGCUGCUCGGUGCGACCGGUGUUGGAAAGACGCUGCUCUUGAAACGUUUACAGAAGCUCAGUUUGAGAGAUGGGACAACUGAUUUAGGGGAACCCCCUGUUACUCUACCUACGGUGGGCACCAACCUGACAGACCUGACUCUGAAGAGGAAGAGGGUGACCGUGAGAGAGCUGGGAGGCUGUAUGGGACCUAUCUGGCCCAGCUACUAUACGGACUGUUCCUCUGUCAUCUUCAUGGUGGACUCUGCCAACACCACCCAGAUCUCGUCCUCCUGUAUCCAGCUCCUGUCUGUCCUCUCUGCUGAACCUCUCCACACAGCCUCUGUCCUGGUUAUCUUCAACAAGAGGUCUUGUAGUAACACAGACACUACAAAUUCUCUGGACAAGAUCAGUGUAUUUUAUAGGGACCUCCCUUGUACCAUGAGUCUCGUAGAGAUGAUGUCACUGUUCAGGAUGGAUGACAUCAUCGCCUCUGCCACCCAGCCAAUCACAACCCUGGAACUGAGCGCUCGAUCCGGCCAGGGGCUCCAGGAGGUGUUGGCCUGGCUGGACUCCACCCCUAACUGACUGACUGGCUGGCUGACUGAUGUCAUAGAAGCAUCUUCCUUUCAGGAAGCAGUUCCUCAUUACUGGUGCUUUCAAGACAGCUGGGAAAAAUACGAGGUCAUAUCAUGACGUCAGUGAUCUUCAGGUCGGAAAGUCGGAGCACUAGAAAGAGGCCCAAGUUCCCGAGUUGGAAUUCUAAGUUGGAUGACCGUUCAAAACGAUUUUCUCAGUCGGAGCUCGUCCCCCCUCAGUUGUCACACCAAGAAUGAUGCCGUCAUUCACAUGGGAUCACGUCUUCUUGAGGAGGCGGGAUAUUAAUGCUCUUACAGCUGGAAUAUCAUCCCUGUAUUUAUUGCCAACACUCUGUAUAGAUACUGUAUCUACCAGGAUUUGUUUUUUAAAGGCUGAGGGAGAACACUGUUACAGUGGGGGGAAAAAGUAUUUAGUUAGCCACCAAUUGUGCAAGUUCUCCCACUUAAAAAGAUGAGAGA